UUGUAGUGAUAGGUGUUACUAAAACGUUUGUGAAUACUUAAAUUUUACUAAUAAUAUUUUGCAGACAUCACAAAAUUAACGAAGGCAUGCCAAAAUUACUGUUUAGAAGGUUCGAAUCUUACUGUUGGCAGAGUACCCCUUUCAGACUGUGUCUAUCUAGCAAACAUUCCCUUUGAAGUUAGCGAAGAUACCAUAAGAUUUUAUUUUGAGUUCAAAUUUGGAGAAAGAGGAAAAGUUGAGAAAACUAUCAUGAACAAAUCAGAGAGAACUUGUUUGGUGUAUUUUCAGGACUUCAAAGUUGUCGACAAUUUAUUAGAACAAGAACACACACUCGGAGGCAAAUUAAUUUAUGUAAAAUGUUACCAAGCGUUACUUAAAGGGUCAGAAGUACAAAGUAGGGAAAGAGUUUUUAGAGUACCAGAUUCGAUAGAUUUGUCUCACAUUGAACCAAGAGUUAUAGAGUUCUGCCAUACUGUUCCAUUUUACAGAAAGAAACUGGAAGAGGAAUUGUCUAAGGAGUAUGGAAAUUUAAAAUGGCCCUCUAAAUCAAACAAAACUGCGCUUAUUGAAUGCACUCUUGAUUUCUCCGCCCCUGGCUGCUUUAAACGUGCAAAGAUAUGGACCGAACGGAUAAUGAAAAUAGUAAAUGUAUUUAUUGGAGAUCUAUCGUUGAUAAAAUUGGAUGUCCUUCCAGAUAUUUGGGACAGCCUUACGGAACAUUUAAAAUCAAUUUCGAUAAAAAAAACCUGAGUCUGCACAAGUUGUUUUGAACAAGUUAGAACAUGCAAUUGUCAUUGUAGGGGAAAAUGAAGUUGUAGAUGUGACCAAAAAAGAAAUUAAUUGUACCAUGACAAUGUUGAAACAAAAAUUUGAAAAGGACCGACAAAGAUAUAGAGACAAUAUACGAGGAUUUCAGCCAAUCGAACUCUGCCUCAUGAAACGCAAUAAUGCAGAGCAGAAAGUUAAGCAACACUUAGAUGAUUUGCAAAUGGAAAUUGACAUUGAAAACAAUGUCAUCGCUUUUGAAGGUUCAGUGGAAUCUGUAAAGGAAGCUCAAAUAAAAUUGUAUGAGAUGAAAAGUAAUUUUGGAAAGAGACAAGUAAAAGUAUCGUCUAACAUGUGCAUUGCACUUUAUAAAUCUAAAGAUGUUGUUCACUUCAUCCAGAACAUUUUGGAAGAAAAUGGAUUACAGGCAGUUUGGGAAAUAAACGAGUCUUCUCUUCUGAUAUGUUGCAUGCAAGAAGAAAUGCUUGAUGAGUGUACUGAAAUUAUUUUGGAAGGCAUUAAAGAAGAAGUUAUUGAAUAUGAUGCAGACUCUGUGCCUUAUAUGAGGACCGACACUUGGGCGAAGAAAAAGGAUAGCUUACUUACACAUUACAAUGGAAAAAUAGGCAUUUGCAUUGCAGAAGAUGAAACUCAAGUAAUUGUCUGUGUAACUAAGGAUAUCCAUAAGGCAGUCAUCGCUGAAGUAAAGCAAUUUUUAGAUUCAAGCACAAUUAUGUCAGAGAAUCUUUACUAUUCGAAAGAAGUUAUUAGAUUGAUUGAAAAACAUCAUCGACAAGAAAUAACUGACAUUGAAAAUGGCCAAAAGGCUUACAGUGUUCAGAUAAAAACGCUUGAGCAUUAUAGUGGCAUUUAUGUUUGUGGGUUAUCACCAGGGUUACAGGAGACAGUCCUUAAGGUAACAAAAUUGAAUGGCAAAGUAAAGAAAACAGACUCUUUUUAA